AGCCUGCGACCUCUCCAGCAGUCGACAUAUAGACACGAGCAUUUCAAAGCAAGCAGUGCAGUUAACAGACGGACACUUUCGGAACCUCGAAUUUCUCCCCAAUUGCCUGACAGGAUUGAGAUGUUCCAUUUUAGGUUUUCGACAGUGCUGAAGGAGUUUUUUGAAGCCACCCUCAAGCGCCCCCUUCCUAUCCUGAAACAGAAGUCGUGGUCGCCGUGCCCCAGCCGCUGCUUCGGCACCAUCUCGGUUGAUGUGAGAGGGUUAUCGCCCCAGCUGAAGGCUCUCCAUGGCGGUGCGCUCCGCCCGGCGCUCCGGCCGCUCCGCGGGGCGUUGCGCACCGCGCCCUGCGCCGCCCCGGGGCGCACCUACUGCGUGAAAACCGAAGGUGCCGCGCAGGAGCCAGAAGAACAGCCAAAGAAGGAUGGAGUCGGUGACGAAGAAAACGACAAGAGAAGAAAUGCAGGAAUUUUGCCCAGUUUGGAGGACUUGCUUUUCUAUACAGUCGCAGAGGGUCAAGAGAAGAUUCCUGCUCAUAAAUUUCUUACAGCACUUAAAGCUACUGGGCUUCGCACCGGAGAUCCCCGGCUGAAGGAGUGCAUGGACACCCUCAAGGAGACUUUAAAGAAGACUUCAGAUGGUGUGACGCUCGACAGGCAUCUAUUCAAGAAGUGUGUCCAGAGCAACAUUGUCCUGCUCACUCAGGCCUUCCGCAAGAAGUUCGUCAUCCCCGACUUCAAGUCCUUCACCUCCCAUAUUGACGAGCUUUAUGAGAAUGCCAAAAAACUCUCUGGAGGACAGCAUCUGGUGGCACCUGUACGCCCUCAAGAGGUGAGAAAGGUUGCUGACUACAUUCCUCAGCUUGCCAAAUUCAGCCCUGACCUGUGGGCAGUCUCUCUGUGCACAGUUGACGGACAGAGGCACACGGUGGGAGACACAAAGGUCCCCUUCUGCCUGCAGUCGUGUGUGAAGCCUCUGAAGUAUGCCGUUGCGGUGCAUGACCACAGCACAGAGUAUGUGCAUAGUUUCAUUGGGAAAGAGCCGAGCGGUCUUCGCUUUAAUAAGCUCUUCCUGGAUGAAGAUGAUAAGCCCCAUAACCCCAUGGUGAAUGCUGGAGCUAUUGUUUGUACUUCACUGAUAAAGCAAGGUGCAAGCAACGCAGAGAAGUUUGACUAUGUUAUGACUUUUCUGAAAAAUAUGGCAGGAAAUGAGUAUGUGGGCUUCAGCAACGCUACAUUCCAGUCAGAGCGUGAGUCAGGAGACAGGAACUUCGCCAUCGGCUACUACCUGAAAGAAAAAAAGUGUUUUCCAGAGGGGACGGACAUGACGUCUGUGCUGGACUUGUACUUUCAACUGUGUUCAAUUGAGGUGACAUGUGAGAGUGCCAGUGUCAUGGCGGCCACCCUGGCAAAUGGUGGUAUCUGCCCAAUCACGGGUGAGCGUGUACUGAGCCCGGAGGCGGUCAGGAACACCCUGAGUCUCAUGCACUCCUGUGGCAUGUAUGACUUUUCAGGACAGUUUGCGUUCCAUGUCGGCCUCCCGGCCAAGUCUGGCGUAGCAGGAGGCAUCUUGCUGGUGGUGCCUAACGUGAUGGGCAUCAUGUGCUGGUCGCCUCCACUGGACAAGCUGGGCAACUCCGUCAGAGGAAUACAGUUCUGCACGGACCUGGUGGAACUUUUCAACUUUCACAACUACGACAACCUGAGGCACUUUGCCAAGAAGCACGAUCCUCGCAGAGAGGGGGGGGACCAGCGGCAGUACUCCUUCGGACCCAUGGAUUAUGAGAGCCUCCAACAAGAGCUAGCUCUGAAAGCUCCUCUGUGGAAAAAAGUGUCUGCCACUGAGUCAAACCAGGACAGCUCAACUACUGUAGUCUAUAGGAUGGACAAAGUCAGCGAGUGAAACUUAGGAAAAAGACACCCGCACUUCGCCUCAUCUCUCGCUCUCUCUCGACCUCUUGAACACCACCACCAUCGUUGUUGAUCCUUUAAUAUUUAUAUAUAAGUUAUGUCAAGGAUUAUUUAUUGCCUAUGAAGCAGUUACUGUGUGGACGUACUGGGAAACUUCUUACUUGUGCUGGAAAAAUGUGAUGACUUAUUGUUUAUUUUGUUCUUAAUUCUCAAUGAGAGGCUGUGUGAGCCUGUGUGCACUGUGAUGUACUCGUCUGCGCUUCUGCUUCACCGCUACUGCACCCCAUAGGAAAGUAGUUUUAUUUUUUAUUUUUUUAUUUGACUUUCGAGAUUCAUUUAAUCUAAAGAGAGCAAACAAUAAUUGAAUAAGUAAACAACAAGUAAGAGUGUGUUUGCUUAGGUUGCGGGCCAACAUCAAGCAUUUGGACCAGCAGUCUUUAAAUAUGAGUUCAUGUUCAAAAAUACAAAAGCUUCAUAGUUGAAAAUGAAGUUUAGUGAUAGUUGUUUUCAGAUUAAUGUUGAACUAAAUCAUAUAGUUCCACGUGCUUUGGGCAGAGUGUAGUUGGGCUUUUCUUUUCCUCUCUUUUUUUCUUCUUAAUUAUUUCUAAUUUCUUAAGGGUUUUGACAAUGAUCUUGACAAUGAUCUCACCUGAGAACACAGAGGUCUUAAUAAGAAUAAACACGGAGCUUGGUUGAGUUACUUUGUGCAGCGUGGAGGUUGUUUCUAGAAAUAAUUCUCCAAAUGUUUGUGUCUCUAGGAUUCAGAAAGAAAAUAUUUUAUGAGAGAGAAACUGGAGUACAGCAAGAUUUUAGCUAGAAACAAAUCUCAGUCAGAGUUUGCGCCUGGUUACAGUUGAUUAAUCUAACAUGACACAAUAAUAAAAGCAGUCGUCUCGUCGUGGAGACUCGCUUGACUUGAUAGUCAUCAUUCAUCUGACAGCGCUGUGUGGCUGAUGACAGUUGUUUUGUGCAGCUGCAUGUUGUCUGCUUUGCAACAGUCGCCAAAGCAAGUAGUGUAAUGUGGUGGAAGUGAUGAUAUAUUUUUAUAAAUAUAACCUCCAGAAGAGCUCCUCAUGCAUGCAUUGGUCUGGCUUGUUGUAAUUCAACCUUUAAUUCCUCUGCUGUGAGCAGGUGAGCUUUUAUGAAUAACAGGUUACCUGUUGGUUUAUCUUAACAGCAUUCCAUCUGCAUGUUUACAAGUGCAUGAAAAUGAAACUGUGUUCAAACACUAGUCCUUAGUCCAGAAAUGUCCUUACUUUAUAUCUAAAUGUAAGAAAAGACAAUCACUGACCAAACUCAUAGUUUAAGGCUUUAACAACAAAUCUAUUAGUCUUAGUUCUGCUCGAGAAACCAUUCAGAUUUUCAGCAGAUGCAGGUGGUUAUGAAGCAUGACCACGCAUGGCACGUUUCUCUGGCAUAAAAAAAGACGCAGGAUAGAGUUGGCGAAAUUUAUAAAACUGUUUACAAAUUCGAAUUUCAAGUUUAAAUCAAAAUGUGGUCAUUUGAGGCCUGGUUCAGUGUCCUAUUCCAGGGCAAAGAACGUUUCUCUCUCAAGAAAUGUUCAAAAUCCUUAUAUAUUGAAUCUAUUUAAGGUCUUUAAAACCACCCAACCCAUGUUACAGACAGUUGAGGCAAAGUUACAUUUCCAGCCAAGCUCCAAGCUCCGACAGCAGAGGAACCCGAGGUCAUCUCUUUGAUUCUGCAGCAUUUUGGAGAAAUAUGCUGUCUGAGGCGAAUGACACCGAGAACGACAAUAUCAGAUAUUAUAAGGCAUUGGAUGCCCAACAGCCCCGAUACAUUUGUGUAAAUAUGGCAAAAAAAAAGGUUUUGACACACACAUUGUCGGUAUCAUUUCUGUUCUGUAAGUGUGUGUUAUGAUAUAAGUUCUUUAUAGAUAUGUCACUGUAUUUUGGAAUGGACAUAGAAGCAGGUGUUUAUAGCUUUGAGGCUCAUCUGUAUGUGUGUGAUGAUCCUCGGCAGAAGAUUAGACUGCGUGUUGAUUGUCCACUUCAGACGUUCCAAAUUUGAUCUCCUGGAAUCAGGUGUAUUUGCACAUGGAUGUCAUGUCCAGACAUGCCUUAAUUAUCGCUCUGACGUGACUAAGCUGGGAGGAGAGUUUUACCCGUUUGCCCCUCAGUCUUCAUCAAAACUGUUCAGCUGGUAUGUGGGUUUGACUUGAGCUCUAGGCUAUGACAGCUGGGGCUACAUGUACCUUGUCAUUACUCUGCUAUGUCUCCUAUCUUGUUUAGCAUUGUACCAGUAGACUUCUGUUAAUGUUUCUGCUCAUUAUUUUGUGAAUUUACAAAGUAUUCAAAAACACAGGUCACCUUUAAGGCUACAGAGGAAUGUUGAACGGAAUAAUUUCUUUGGUAGUUGGAUUUAGUCCAAGUUGUUUUAACCGUAUGGAUCUUGUUGAUCUUGUACUGAAAUAUGUAAAACAGAACCUUUUCCUUUUCUGUUACAGUCUUUAAAAUGUCAAUUGUAUCAACUUCAGUAUUUUUACAUUCUAAGUUCUGUAGGUUCUGUUGAAAAUAUUUAUACCUAGAAGUUGACUCUCUGUUGACUAGUGGAGGUUUGUGUUGAAGCUGGUGGAGUCCACCUUUCCCAUUCUGUGCGUUAGUAUGAGGAGUACGAGUGUCGCUGCAGUAAAAGUUAUUGUAAUUUUUUCCAAAGAUUGCAAAACAGAAGAAAGAGAAAACUAGUGUGAAGAAAAGCAACUUCAUGGACCUUGGCACAUGAAUAUGGACAGCCAGACUUUUUUUUUUGUUAUUUUCAGUCACCUUGGGUUUUGCUACAUCAAACAGAAAUGAGGGUUGCAUCUUAAAGACACCCUCUGUAAUAAUACCCUUUUCUGAUCACAUGAGGGCUGCGUGUUACUUGGAAGUUCAUGACUAUCGUAUAUUGGAGUACUUACACUUACUAAUUGCUACAUUUUCCGUUAAAAAGAGGACAGCGGUCCAUCAUUGGCACCAACAACAUCCCAGCUUUUAUCUCUCAAAAAAAGGAAUGAUUUAACACUUGAAAAUAAAAUAUGGGUUUAUCGUGUUUGGAAGUUAUGACUGAUAUGAAGUCAAAUAGUUGCGGUAACAUUAGAUAACAGUAACAGCAGUGGCUUGGGUGAAGCAGCUGAAAGGGAAAUGUUGUUAUUGUCAUUUCAGGUAUUAGCACAAUGGUAAUUUGACACUGGGAUGGGAAAUAUUUGUUGCAGAAUUUGACUAUUCAUUUCAAGUCAAUUUUAUUUAUAUAGCAUCUAUUAUAACAGAAGUUGUCUCUAGGUGCUUUCCAAAGACCCAGAACAUGACCCCCGAGCAAUUAUGACAUAAACACUGGCAAGUAAAAACUCCCCUAGUGGGAGAAAAACCUUAAGCCAAACAGUGGCAAUGGAAAAACUCCCCUUUAGGAGGGAAGAAACCUUAAGCAGGACCUGGAUCAUAAGAGGGGACUCUCCUGCCGGAGACAGAGAGAAUGAAAAACAGAAAAAAGGGAGACACAGACACAAUGGCUAACUGGUGCAGUACAGGGAUGACUAUAUAAGCAGAUGUAGCCAGCAGACACUGAGGUGGUCAGAGGGGGGACUGCAGGUCAGGAUGUCAGCAGGCAUCUACCAGACAUCCAUACAGAAUGGGGGAAGCAAGUAAUGUGAUAUUCUACUCAAUAAUUAUGCCAUGUGGGGCUCAGCCCUCGUGUUGAAAGACACUUAAGAAACCUUUAGUUGGACAAAGUGGUAUUAUAAGACAUGCAGGACCGUCUCCACUCAUUGGCACAAUAUUGUCAGUGGCUCAUGAGUCAACACGGCAGAUCUGUAUGCCCCCAUGUGGUCAGAAGUGGUAUUGCCAAUGAGUUUGGCAUUUAGAGUACAGCCUUUAUCAAUAGUUACUCAACUUUGUUGAAAAAGUUAUUUUUCAAGCAAGAAUGUGAAAUGAUGCGAUUAUUUCUUUUGGUGUCUUUUUCCUUCCUUUUUCUUCUAUAUUUCAAAAAUUAAACAAUUCAUCAUUUGAGUACUGGGAUGGAUUUGAUUUAUCACAUCAAGCAGUGAUGACAACGUCAGCUUUAUUUGGCUUUAGCUAUUGACUACGGUUUAACUUAAUCCUCGUCUCCAGUAAAGUUUUCUUUCCUCUAAAACUGUGUAGUUGUUGGUUAGCUUUGUCAGCCUUUCAUUUCUAGUCUGGUGUGGUUGGCCCACUGGACCAGACAAGCAUUCCAACCAAUCAGCAUCCAUUAUCUCAUACAAUCCAUUUUGUUGAAAUGAAUCAGAAGGAUUUUGUAUGGUGAGGAGCUGCAAGUCUUGUUUCUUUUACCAGUAUUUCCAUGAAAAUCAUCAGAUAUUUUUGUUUCAUGUCCUGAAUGGGUCAAUUUUUCUUUGAAUUCUUAUCCCCUGUCUUGCAUGCAUCGUUCUGUAUAGGCUAUUAAACGUCUUUUUGAAUCCCAUCUUUGUUUCUUAUAAUUUCUUUCACAUCUUUUGUGUAUGUUGAUUUGUGUCCUGAAUAUGUUUUUUUUUCUCCUUUUCUUUUUGUCCUUUCUGAAAUGGAAAUUGAAUAAACGUUUAAAAAUUAUCACUACCAUUACAUUUGGUGAUGUUGGAACUGUAUAGUUUUCUGAUGUUCUGGUCAGAUGUCAAAAACAGGUUUCUUGACCAAGUUAAGAAAUAACUACCCAGAAACCUUUUAUAUAUAUAUACAUAUAUAUAUAUAUAUAUAUAUAUAUAUAUAUAUAUAUAUAUAUAUAUAUAUAUAUAUAUAUAUAUAUAUAUAUAUAUAUAUAUAAAUGAUUAUGCAGCAGAUAAAACAAUACAGUUCCAAUUUUUUAUGAUUGUAUUUCUGUGUAGUCUUCAUAAACUCAUGAACUGUCUUGUCUGCCUACAAACACAGCAGAAAUUCAUAUUCCUUCAGCUUCUAUAACUGAAGUGGAUGUGCAGACAUGGCAGUAAAUGUGCAUUUUCUUUUCUUUUUUUUCAUAUUUAAUUUUGUUGCCUUGUUGUCCCCCUCUGUAAGAGAAAAUCAAAUAAAGCACUCAUCCAUUA